GCGCGUACAAACUGUGGCGGAAUCUUUUGCAGCUGGUUUUGAGUGACCGAGUCAUUGAUCAGCCAAAAUGGGGAAAGAGUACAGGUGGGAACGACGAGAAAAUGUUCUCUCUCCCCCACGGCUGAGAAAGAGAGAGAGAGUUGCUGAAAGGGUGAGGCAGGGAGGGUUUCUUGGGGUUUAAGAUCCGAGAAACCCUCCCCAUCCCCCACCCGCUAGCAGUUGCGUGACUCUUCCAAACCCAAAACCAACAAAACCAUCAUUCCUUCCACAUGGAGAUUCGUUUGCGUCUCUAUCGACUCUUGAGUCUUCUCCCACCAGUCCCCUUCUAUCCAGACCUCUUUCCCUUCAUCCUUUCUGUUCCCUUACUUUGAGACCUCCUUUCCUUAGUUAACCAGCGACCGGUUCUUUCACAGCAUCCACGCAGACACACGUGCGCGGACAGAGAGAGAGAGAGAGAGAGAGACCAAUAUCGUGUAUUGGUUGAAGGAUACUUCUUGGUGCCGGUUUGCGGCGUUUGAGAUAUUGGGCCACGGUUUUUCCUUGUUAUUUUUUUUUUUUUGGAUUUGCUUGGAUUGUUGAUUUUGUGAAGUGGGUCGUUGAGAGAAUCGACGAUCGAUCGAGAUUCGAUUAGUUGAUCGAACUUUUCGGUGCUUUUCUGGUGAUGGUGGCGGUGGCAGAUAUGGAUUCCAUUAGUACGUAGGUUUGUUGGUAUCGCCUUUUUCAGGGUUCAGGGAACUGGGCUUUCGUUGGUGGCGGGUGUUUCUGUGGAAGUUGUUUAGUUUGGAGAUUUUGGGGUGCGGAGAAUUUGAGGAAUUUGCGGAUGAAUGCUGGUUGAAACUUUGCCUUAAUGCAUCGUGGGUCACCGAUAGUUUCAGAGAAUCGUUUCGCUUGGGCAGUUUCCUGUGAGGAUACGGGGAACUCUGUGAGAUUAUGGGCUGCAUUUGCUCUAAGUCCGUUCAAACAGAUGAAUUCGUCGAGACCACGCGAUCGGGGAAGAGCUCCAUCAUGGUCUCUGCCUCGGCCCGGCGUAUAGGCAUUGCCUCGCGGAGGGAAGAGGUGGUGCUGGAGUCAGAGCAUGCAACCGACGGGGACGCGAGGGAGAGACUGAUCGUAAACCAGGCGGAGAACGCCGCGGCGACGCCUGUAUCAUAUGCAGAAGAAAGCAAAGUCGAGAAGGUCGAGAGGCAAGUGGAGAAGCAGGUUGAGAGGCCAAAGAGAAAUCUCCAGAGGCACUCCACUGUUGCUGUCUCCACGAGUGAGGAUCAUGGCUUGUGGGGCGCCAGUGUGACUAAUCGGACCCAGGGCGAGCAGGUUGCGGCGGGGUGGCCGCCGUGGCUUACUGCAGUGGCGGGAGAAGCUAUCAAUGGGUGGGUUCCCCGUCGGGCUGAUUCAUUCGAGAAAUUGGACAAGAUUGGUCAAGGAACAUACAGUAAUGUGUUUAGAGCACGAGAUCUUGAAACAGGGAAAAUUGUAGCUUUGAAGAAAGUUCGGUUCAUAAAUCAAGAUCCUGAAAGUGUUCGUUUCAUGGCACGAGAAAUUCACAUACUUCGCAGACUUGACCAUCCAAAUGUCGUGAAGCUUGAAGGGAUUGUGACAUCACGAAUGUCUUGCAGCUUGUACCUUGUGUUUGAGUAUAUGGAGCAUGAUCUUGCUGGUCUUGCGGGUAUGCCAGGUGUGAAGUUCUCAGAGCCGCAGAUUAAAUGCUAUAUGAAGCAACUUCUUCUUGGACUGGACCAUUGCCAUAGUCGGGGGGUUCUGCAUCGAGAUAUUAAGGGAUCGAAUCUCCUUAUUGACAAUAAUGGUAUUCUUCAGAUAGCGGAUUUUGGCUUGGCAACCUUUUUCAACCCUGACAAAAAACAGCCGUUGACAAGCCGUGUGGUGACACUAUGGUAUCGACCUCCAGAGCUUUUACUUGGUGCAACAGAAUAUGAUGUUGCAGUUGAUUUAUGGAGCACUGGUUGCAUCCUUGCUGAAUUGCUUGCAGGAAAGCCUAUCAUGCCAGGACGAACUGAGGUCGAGCAGCUGCAUAAGAUCUUUAAGCUAUGUGGUUCUCCAUCAGAAGAUUACUGGAGAAAAUCAAAACUGCCCCAUGCAACCAUCUUUAAACCUCAGCAACCAUAUAAGCGUUGUGUUGCAGAAACAUUCAGGGAUUUUCCAUCUUCGGCUUUGUCUCUAUUGGAUUCCAUUCUUGCCAUUGAACCUGCUAACCGUGGUACAGCUGCUUCUGCACUUAAGAGCGAAUUCUUCACAACAAAGCCACUCCCUUGUGAUCCAUCAAGUUUGCCAAAAUAUCCACCAAGCAAAGAGUUUGAUGUUAAACUUCGUGAUGAAGCUAGGAGGCGAAAUGCACGCGAACCUGAUAAUAGAAGUAAAGGACUCGGAGCAGCUGGAGCAUUGCUAGCACCAGAAGCAAAUGCUGAACUACAGGCCUCGUUCCAGAGGAGGCAUGGCCAUGCAAAUCCUAAAAGUAGCAGCGUGAGGUAUCAACCUCAAGCAGAGGAUGCUGGUUCAGGGUUCCCUAUUGAACCUCCCAACAUCAUGCCCCAGGAAAGUGCACAGAAUGGCUUCUCCCAUUCGGGCCCUUUAAUUCAUGCCAAUGCUUUUGGGCCGGGAAGGUAUCAGAAGCAAAAGGAGAGUGAUCAUCACACAGUUCCUGGUAGAUCACAUGGUGGCAAGGGUGUGAAAGCUUCAACAACUGCUGAACUAAGGUCACAAAGAUCUUGCAUGCCACAUGUGUCCUCUGAACUGCCGUACUCGUCAGAUUUGCCGGUGAGAAGCAAUGGUGAGCCUGACCAUAGCAGGGCAAGAGGAAGGCAACAGCAUUGGCCAGAGCAGGCUUUGGAUGAAUAUAGUCUAUCUGAAUCCACUGAACCAUCAGAGAAGCAACAGUGGACUCACCAUUUACUCGAUAGACAUACAACAGCUCAUAAGAAAGAUGACAGGAUCAGGGAUUCAACUGAUUAUGGACGUAAGAAGAACAGAAUUCAUUACUCUGGGCCUUUGCUGCCCCCUACUGGAAACAUCGAUGAGAUGCUUAAAGAACAUGAGAGGAAAAUCCAACAUGCUGUUAGAAAGGCUCGGCUGGAUAAGGUGAAGACCAAGAAAAGCCAGGAGCUGGAGAGAACCCAAUUUGAAGCACUUCUUGUUCCUGGAUUUAAUGGAAGUUCUGAUGUUUGAGCAAUGACUUCCGUGCAUUUGGACAAGCUAUUUGAGGGUGAGGAUGAGAACAAUUUCAAAAGGGAAUUGUUGGGGGGAUGGGGCGCUUGAUCCUUCUGAAAGCUGAAGGGCGACGGAGCCCCAUGUUUGUGGCAUUUUGACUUCCUCGCAUGUUGGCAGUUCAGGCUGCAGAAAUUGCACUGGAAAUUCUUGCAAAUGAGAUCUGUGCUAUAAUCAACACCCCUCUGAAAAGUCAUGUUUUCACUCUGCUAGCUUGCUUCUCGAGAGAUUUGAAGGCUUUUGACUAUGUGGAUAAGCUGCAGUAUCAUCAGAACUUCUACUAAUCCUUAUGUAUAUUGAUUUUUCAGUUUUUGUUAGACUGCGAAAUCUUCAUGUAUAUUGAUUUCAUUCCUCUUAAGUGGCAUACUCAAAGAUAAGCACGCGUGUAAAAUUCCCAUACUGGACAUUCUAAGACGAAUCUUUCUGCUCAA